AUGAUGAAUACAACUCAGUUAACUCAAUUCAUGUCUAUAAUAUUAUCACAAUAUAUAGAUGUCGGACCCAUGAGAUAUUUUUAUUUUUCUGGGUUAACUCUGCUGUAUUUGAUAAUCUUGUUUUCAAAUGCAUUGCUUAUUGGUGUGAUCUGCAAAGAGAAGACGCUACAUGAGCCCAUGUACAUUUUCCUGUGCAGUUUGUUUCUUAAUGAAUUGUAUGGAAGCACAGCUUUGUUCCCAUCUCUUCUUGUUCAUAUAAUCUCUAAUAUCAAGGAGAUUUCUCGUACUUUUUGUUUUAUACAGAUUUUUUGUUUGUACACGUAUGCUGUUUUGGAAUAUUGCAAUUUAGCUGUUAUGUCCUAUGACAGAUAUGUUUCUAUCUGUUAUCCUUUCCAUUACAGUAGAAUAAUAACUCAUCAUAAAGUAUUCGUGUUCAUUUUGCUUUCUUGGCUAUUCACUUUUUUACAAUUUAGCUUUACUGUCUUCUUGAGUGCACGACUACAGCUGUGUGACAAUGUCAUUGAGAAAGUGUAUUGUGACAACUACUUAUUAGUUAGACUCGCUUGUUCAAAUACAGAUGUGAAUAACAUUUAUGGUCUGUUUUUCACGGUUUUGGCUUUAGGUAUUCCAUUGUCACUAAUUUUCUAUUCAUAUAUGAAAAUUUUGAAGAUCUGUUGGAAUUCUAACAGAGAAACUAAGCAGAGGGCCAUGAGCACUUGCACUCCACACAUAGCAUCACUUCUUAAUUUCUCCUUUGGCUGUCUCUUUGAAGUUCUCCAAAGUAGAUUUAAAAAUGUGAACAUGCCUGCUACUUUACGCAUAUGUAUCUCAGUUUAUUUUUUGAUGUGCCAACCACUCUUUAAUCCUGUGAUGUAUGGAGUAAGACUGACAAAAAUUAGAAAUGCAUGCAGAAAAAUAAUUUAUUCCCUCAUAUAA